AUGGCAUUUCGUCUGCAACUAUGUGUCAUUACUGGAAUCGUCGUUUGUGGAGUCUUCGUCGCUAGAGCUAGUCUUCGUUGGUGUGGUGUCGUUGUCGAUUUUGGCAUUGUUAUUGAAGUUAUCGUUUGUGGAGUCUUCAUCGCUAGAGCUAGUCUUUGUUGGUGUUGUGCCGUCGUUGAUUUUGGUGGAUUUUGUAGUGCAUCGUUAUGUUGUGCCAUCAUUGAUUUCGGUGGAUUUUGUGUUGUAUCAUUAUGUUGUGCCAUCUUUGAUUUCAGUGGAUUUUGUGUUGCAUCAUUACUGGCAUUUCACUGUGGUGUCGAUUUCGGUGUCUUCUCUGGGUUCCCGCUCUUGUUAGUUCGCCAUUUUUGGUGGAUUAAGUUAUUGCUUUCAUUUUUCUAG